ACCCAGUGGGCUCCGCUUCCCGGCUGGGAGCUCUUCCCGCUCCCUCGGGGGUCUCCAGCCCCGGGGAGGGGCCCUCGGUUCUUUCUGCCUGACUCCUCCUCCUCUCCUGCAGCCCCGAGGAGGAGAGGCCCAUCUGACUACUGACGAGUUGCCAUGGCAUCCUACUACGAUAUCCUAGACGUGCCGCGAAGUGCGUCCGCUGAUGACAUCAAGAAGGCGUAUCGGAAGAAGGCUCUACAGUGGCACCCAGACAAGAACCCAGAUAAUAAAGAAUUUGCUGAGAGGAAGUUCAAGGAGGUGGCCGAGGCAUAUGAAGUGCUGUCAGACAAGCAUAAGCGGGAGAUCUACGACCGUUAUGGCCGGGAAGGGCUGACUGGGGCAGGAACUGGCCCAUCUCGAGCGGAACCUGGUGGUGGUGGGCCCGGCUUCACCUUCACCUUCCGCAGCCCCGAGGAGGUCUUCCGGGAGUUCUUCGGGAGCGGAGACCCUUUUGCGGAGCUCUUUGAUGACCUGGGCCCCUUCUCAGAGCUUCAGAGCCGGGGUUCCCGACACUCGGGCCCCUUCUUCACCUUCUCUUCCUCCUUCCCUGGGCACUCUGAUUUCUCCUCCUCAUCUUUCUCCUUCAGUCCUGGGGCUGGUGCUUUUCGCUCUGUUUCUACGUCUACCACCUUUGUCCAAGGACACCGCAUCACGACACGCAGGAGACUGUUCGGACCUGUUGGAGCUGAGUACCUGCCGGUGCGCAUGAUCACCGUGCUAAGUGUCCCAGACGACCUGGCACUGGGCUUGGAGCUGAGCCGGCGUGAGCAGCAACAGUCUGUCACCUCCAGGUCCGGGGGCACACAGGUCCGGCAGACCCCUGUCUCCCGCCCCUCUGACAGUGACCUCUCUGAGGAUGAUGAAGAUCUGCAGCUCGCCAUGGCCUACAGCCUGUCAGAGAUGGAGGCAGCUGGGAAGAAACCGGCAGGUGGGCGGGGGGCGCAGCGUCGACGGCAGGGGCGGCCCAAGGCUCAGGACCAAGAUCCCGGCAUGGGGGGGGCUCCUGAGGCUGCCAGGGGGGACGCGACCAAACCCAGCCCGUCCCCGGAGGAGAAGUCCUCUCGCUGCCUCAUCCUCUGA